CAAUCUAUAAGCACCAAAACAUAUUUGCGCGCUUUGUCUCUUUUCUUACGCUCUCAAAAACAUAAAGUUUCAUGGCUCAAUACACAUCAGAUAUGCAGACCUUCAACUCACCACUUUCUCUGCUUGAGUUUGAUCCAAAUAUGGACCUCCUCAUGAAUCAGCUCAUGCAAUUAAAUCCAAGUGUCAUGCACACCUCAAACUCUAAUUUUAAUAGCCUGGCAGGUUUUUCUUUCGAGAAUUUCAUUGCUCAAGUGCCUGAAUUCCCCGGUAACUUGGCAGAUAAUUUUCCCGAGUUUUCGGAAGAUUAUAAAAAUGUCAUGCAAGAAUCUGCCCCUGUCGCGGAAAAUGAUUUCCACAAGUCCAAGAAGAGGGCAGCAUUACAUGAAGUGGAAAGCUGUUCUGAUAACUCAACUCCUCAGGCUUCUGAAAGCGGAAGCAAGAGAAAAAAUAGCUGCGGAAGGGGUAAAAGAUUGAAAAGCAGUGACAAGGAAGAAGAGAAACCGAAGGAUGUGGUACAUGUCAGAGCGAGAAGGGGCCAAGCAACGGAUAGUCACAGUUUAGCAGAAAGGGUCCGAAGGGGAAAAAUUAACGAAAAAAUAAAAUGCUUGCAAGACAUCGUACCAGGUUGCCACAAGACAAUGGGCAUGGCAGUAAUGCUGGAUGAGAUUAUUAACUAUGUUCAGUCUCUGCAGAAUCAAGUGGACUUCCUUUCAAUGAAACUCACUGCAGCAAGCACAUUUCAUGAUUUCAACUCUGACACUGAUGCAUUUGAACCACUUCAGAGAGCGAAGGCAUAUGAGGCACAAAAGAUGCAAGUCCUUGGAAGAAGAGGAUAUGAAGAAGUUGCUGGCACACAAUUUGGUCCCCUUGACCUUACUUUUGGCUCUUACCCUACACUCCCAUACAAUUCAUGAAGAAAAGAUCCUUUAUUUUCCCUCAACCACUAUCCCCGUCAGUUUUAGUUUGUCUGUCCCCCUUUUCAUUUUAUACCCAUUAAUUGCACACGUGUUAUCAUUUACUUGUAUUAAUCCUCACACGUGUGGACAAAUUCUUGAAAUAAUUGUUUCAUAUGACAGAGUUUGUUAUACUUA